CCCCGAAUGAACCCAGUCCUCCCGCUACGUCGUUGCGCGACACCAAAGCACGAUGGAUUUGCCGGGAGCCCAGUCGACUGCGCUUGUGCGCAAGCGGACAGACACGGAGCUGAUGCCGCCACCUCCGCCCGCAAAGCGCAUCAAACGACCGAAGCGCGUGCUCGACGAAGACACCUACACCGAGGCCCUCUCGCACAUCAUCGCCCGCGACUUCUUCCCGGGCCUCCUCGAGAGCGAAACGCAGCACGAGUACCUCGACGCCCUCGAAUCCAAGGACGAAGAAUGGAUCGAGAGCGCUAGCCGCCGGCUGCGCCAGGUCAUGACCCCGGGUCGGCGGCGGACACUCGCGACACCCCUGCGCCAGCCGCAGGCCGCCGCAGGCAAGACGCCGCUCAACUUCGUCGGUGACACGCCCGCGUCUGUCGCAUCCGCGGCAACCAGCGCUGCGGCAACCCAAGGGCAGCCCGCCGUCGACACCAGCCUCUCCCUCGCCGCCUUCCAAUCGAAAUACACCUCCGAGGACAACGAGUCCUUCUACAAGCUGCUCGACAAGCAGAACCAGAAACGCCGCGGCGCCGGCGCGCUGUCCGACGACGGCUUCGCGCGCGACCGGCUCGCCAUCCGCGACCGCGACGCCGCCGACCGCCCCGCCGCGCCGGACCACUGGCGCGGCGCCCGGCCGGACAACCAGCUCAUGUUCGUGCCCGACGGCGUCGAGGGCCGCCUCGAGACGGUCGCCGAGCGCGCCCAGGCCGAGAGCCGCGCCGGGCCGAAGCGCGUCGUCUACGAGAACACCCGCGUGCCCCAGCCCGCCGCUGCUAGGGCCGAGGAGGAGAGGAGGUCGUCGUCGUCGUCGCGCGCCGGGUCGCCGACGCUGUCGGAGAUCCGGGGCGCGAUCGCGGGCGAGCGGAGGGCGUGCGAUGCCGAGUCGAGCGUGGCUGGUGGUGGUGGUCGUGGGGGCGGGGAGACGCCGAGGGUGAACGGGUAUGCGUUCGUGGAUGACGAGGAGCCUGAGCCGGCGCCACAGCAACGGUCGGGAAGGGAGGAGAAGAAGGAGAAGCUGCCGCUGAUCGACCUCGGCCCCGGGGACGCCACGCCCAAUCCGUUUCAGAUCCGGGAGCAGAGGAAGAGAGAGGCGCUGCACCACCGCUUGGUGGAGAGGAUCUCGCAGUCGAAACGGACGUCGGCCAGGCUGGGGCUUACGGGCAAGGUGGAGCGCACGCCGGUGCCGAAGUUCCCCAGCAGUCCGAGGGUGUCGGUCGGAGGGCUGACGCCGGCUGCGCAGAGGCUGUGGGGGAAGAUCGGCAGCUCCGGGGCCACGGGGCCCUCGGCGUCGCCGUUUGGUAAUUCUCUCGAGUUCACGCCGAAGGCUACGCCGCGGCCAAAGGGCUCGAGGUUGAGGAAUGUUGCUAAGUAGGGGAUAUUGGGUUGGUCAUUGCAUGGUUGGGGCGUUAACGAUACCCGGUUCGAUAGAUAGUAGAAAUGUAUAUUUGUAUUCCGC